GGAAACGCUACUUACUGAAGAUACUCCAACGAUCGGGCCCUUGUCCAUGCCGCCCACCCCCACAACCUGUGGUGCUGCGAAUGCCAAAGCUGACUGGCUAACAACAGCGGAGCAAAGUACCGAGGCAGGGAGGGAGCGCCCCGCGUCCCGGGCCGGAUGCGCAGCGAGACUCGAGAUAGGCGAGAUCCACACCAGACGUCAUGUCACAUCACCCGAUUCGGUGCGACAUGCCUGCGGCGCAAACAAAAAUCCCUGACGCCGGUGCAAGUGCAGGGGCCGAAGGGGAGGCGGAGGCGGACCAGAUCUCGGCCGGGUUCUCCGCCGGCAGCCUGGCCCGGACCAUCGGGCUGCCGACGCCCAGGCUCGAGCGCGACUUUCGCAUGCAGGCGAGCCUCGAGGGCAAGGUCGCGCUCGGGAGGAGCUGCUGGGGCGAGAGGAACUGGAUUGGGAUCUGCGGCGGGGAGUGGAGCGCGACGUGGGGGAAGGGCACGGUGGUGCCCGGCGGCCAGGACGCCCAGCUCCUCACCGAGAAAAAGUCCACCUUCGUGGACACACGGUACCUCCUCGCCACGGCCGACGCGCCGCCCGCGCACAUCAUGGUGCGCACCGAGGGGUGGCGCACCGGCCCGCCCGACGUACUGACGCGGCUGCUCGACCCCGUCGAGGGCGACAAAGUAUCGCCCGACGAGUACCGCUUCCGGAUCUUCAUCCGGCUCGAGACGGGCGACGACAGGUACCGGUGGCUGAACGAGGGCAUGUGGAUCGGGAGUGGUGUGCGCAGGGGGUUGGAGGCGCACAACAUGGAGGCCGAAGGCUACACGCCCAAAACCCUCGAGAUCGUCGCCCGGCGCGCCGACCCGGACGUCGCGAUAUCCCCCUACCAGGACUCGUGGCCCAAGACCUUCACCCGGGUCGCGGCCCGCAUGCGCGCGGCCCUGGGGCCCCAGGUGGCGAGGCUCGAGCACGUGGGGUCCACGUCGGUCCCCGGGCUCGCGGCGAAGCCCAUCGUCGACGUGCUCCUCGAGGUAAGUAACCCGGCGGACGAGGCGUCCUACCUGCCGGCGCUGGAGGCGCUGGGGUUCACGCUGCUGUUCCGGCAGCCCAAGUGGCACGGGCACCGGUUCCUGUUUGUCGACGAGAAGGACGUCGAGGUUAAUGUCCAUGUGCACCGGGAGGGGUGCCGGAUCGCGGCGGAUUUCCUGACGUUCCGGGAGUUCCUGCGGGAUAAUGCGUGGGCGCGGGACGAGUAUGUUGAGGCUAAGCGGAGGGCUGCGGAGACGUCUAAUGGGGAGAAGGGCGGGCGGCUGCGAUACCAGAUGGAGAAGGCUGAGGUGCUCAACCGUUUGAAGGGGUGGGCGCUUGGGGAGAAGCCGUCGCCUGCUUGUGCUGCUUGUUGUGUUGGGUAG